AUGGCCAACGCUUUGAAGCACUCGACUGCAGAAACGCGUCAAACUGCGCGACUAUUGACUACUAAAUAUGGAAUCGCAUUCAUAACCGGCAUAGCAGACACGCAAAUCGACCUAACCCGCGACCGUCCCUCAUGGUUUCCUCCAGGAAAAUCCCUCCAACUCCCCAUCACUCUCCUAGAAACCCGUCACCGCAUCGUCCAUCGCCAUCUCCCUUCCCUCGCAGAGCUAAAGCGCGCUGCUACCGAGUCGCUUGAGUGGCUCUGGGAGUGGUACUGGAGUCAACUGGACCAUGCAUUCAAGACCGGCGGUGAAGUCGUCGCUCCAGACGAAGAAGAAGAACUGGGUGUGCAAAGCAGAGAAGCGGUGCGAGAGAAACUACAGAGCAUUCUAAAGGCUUACGUCAAAGAGCGGAAGAGCGAGAUCAAGAACAGGAAAAAAGACGAGAGCAGAGCUGCUGAAACAGCUCUAUCAACGUAUAACCUUCGUUUUGCACCUAGUGCUACGACGACUCCUUCCUCGCAGACACAGCGUGUGCUACUACAGCUACUAGUCGAAGAGAAGAUGAUGCUGCCCACGGAUAAGAAACUGGGAAGUACCAUGUCUGGCGCCUUCAUCAUAUGGACACCGCUUCUACGCGCUUUGUGCAACAGUGUUUUGCAGCUUACGGAUCUGGUCCAGCAUGUCAUGCGGGCUACGAAUGCUCCUUGUUCGACGGCGAGGGCGAUGGUGAAUCCGGAGAUGGAUCCUGUCAGGGAGGGUUUGCAUGAUUGGGUAUUGCAUGUUCUUACGUCAAAGGACUGGGCAGUUGUCAGAGGAGCUGCGGACAAGGCGAUUGUGGAACAAGUUCUCAGUCAGUGUUUCUCAGACCCAACGUUUUGGAACUUGAAGGUUGCGGAGAAGAUGUUGGAGGGUGGUCAUGUGCCGAAUGAGCGGUCAUGGCGAGCGGUGCUUGAUGCUGCGAGGGCGGACGGACAGAGUGGGGAAAAGAUGGAUGUUGAUAUCGAUGUGGAAGGCAUUGAGCGGGCUUUACCUGUUAGGGAGAAUGAAGGCAAAGAAGACGCGGUCAAGGAGAAGAUCAAGGGGCCGACCAAAGUGCUGGGCAUGUGGAAACCUAGGCCUAUUGGAUGGUUGCCUGAGGGGUGGGAGGACGAUGAAUGA